UUCGCCGAUUUCUCUCCAAGGGAUUUGGCCGCUACCCUUUGCCCCGAGCAAACGGCUGCGGCUCCGUUUCCUCCCUUUUGCCGAGCGAGCACGCCCAACGGAGGAGCUGAACAGACGCCUCUCCCAGCCCACGUCUGGGCCCCGUGUGCAGGAAGGCACCGAGGCAACGCUUCAAUCACUCCGGCUCCGGCUUGGCUGAUUCAGGUGUCCCUUCCGCCUUCACUUUUCUCCUUAGGCGCUGUUGCCUGUCAGUCAAGUCUUUCCUAGAGCGCCUAUCAAAGUCCAGGCUAACAAAUCAGAAAGAAGGUGUGAAGGAAGGAAAGAAAAAAAGAGAAAACAAGAGAAAGAAAGUGUAGAGUUACUUCCUUUCUUCCUGCGAGAUCUGAAUUCUUGAAAGCCAGGAGCUGAAUGAAUUCAGAAGUGGAUUCUUUCUCAACCCCUCCCCACUAUCUCCCUCCAGAAAGAAGGAUUUGAAGGUGUGUGUUGAAUUUAUAUAUGGUGUUAUUGCUUGUGGAAGACAGUUCAUUCUAUCCAGGGGGCUUAAAGAAGAACUCUGCCUUGAUUCUGAAUAUGUGUGGAUAGUACUAUAUGCUUCUUUGGAGCUCUGAAAGUGAGGAAUGAAUUUGCCAGUAUGUCAUUCAGGGACAUUGAUGUGGAUAUAAAAGAGUUCCUAGUUGGCAUCAAUCUGGGGCAAUACUUUCAGAAUUUUCAAGACUUUGGUUAUAAUGCUCUGCGAGAUUGCGUGGGGGUAAACAACAGUGUGCUUCAACAAAUUGGAAUAUCUCCUACUGGGCACCGCAGAAGAAUUCUCAAGCAAUUGGAGGUCAUGCUUGCAAAAAUGCUAGAAAAAUCUGUGGCUCUUGAAAGCCAGAAUACUGAAGAUGUGGAAGAGUUAGGAAAUAGCUGUUCACAGCCACUUUGCCACAAUCCCGACACAUGCAUUAUAAAUCCAAAUGAGAGUGAAACAACAAUCUGGGUAACUGGAGAAUGGAGACAUAAGGCUUGUGACAAUAAUGACAUGUAUGAAGAUAAUAGCAAAUUUGCAGACUGUGAGUCAUUAGAUGUUGAAGGCAACGUGUCUUCAGGUUUGGACUGUCCUAACUCAUCCUGUCAGGACUUGACAUGCUCAACAGAUGUUACUGCUGUUUCAAGAAAUUCACUGAACAAUGUGAUGUCCAAAAAGAUAUCCCUUUCACUUGAAAAAGGACAGUUGGGAGCCAUCCAUUUUCAACCAGAUGAUACUCCCAAAGAAACUUCAUUUCUUUCCUCUGCUUUCUCUUCAUCAGAAAUGAAAUCUGGUGAAGAUGAUGAGCAUCUGAUGUUUUUUGGGCUGGAAAGUUUGUCAAAUGCCCCACCAGACUCUCCAUUCUUUGAAUUUAAAGGUGAAAUGGUUGAGAAUGAUUUGUAUAGCACUAGUACUUUGAGUUCUACAAAAGGAACUCCUAGACCAACACGGUCUUUCAUGCUUAGGCAUCGUCCUGUUCCAGAAAUACCUGGCUGUUCCACAGCAGCAGCUUCAACAAGCUCCCUCCAGGAAAGAAGAAAUGUGAAUGGUUUAAGUAUCUCUUGUUCAGAGAGUCAUCCUUCACAAAGAAGAGAUUCAGCUGAAGAAAAGCCACCUCCUAUAUCUCCAUAUGGAGAAACCUUUUUUAUCAGCUGCCCAGAAGACAGGGAAAUCUAUAUCAAAGAACUUUCAAGCAUCCAGGAGGAGAACCGAGAUGACAAAAGCACUGAAGGAGAGAGCCUUCGGAGCAAAACACGUACUCUUAAUAAUCAAAAACAGAAAAUCACUGGAGACGUCGCAAACAAUGAAUUGGUACCCCAAGAGGAUCAUUGUCUAUUGUCAAAUAGAUUUGCUGGUGAAUCUGAAUACUCUGCAGUGAAAAAAUGUGCUCAAUAUUCACGAAGAGGAAAAUAUAAAACAUCAAAAAGCCUCAGAAGUGGGAAACUGGACUUUGCUUCUAAGGAACAGAUUUAUUCCCCCCAUUAUGGUGAUGUUGAUGAAUUGGUCAAUAGCCCCAAAGACUCAAUAACACCCUAUGCCUGCUUUUAUGGUCCUGCAACAAAGAAGGUUAAAGAAGGAUGGCUGGAUAAGUUAUCUCCUCAGGGAAAACACAUGUUUCAGAAGCGUUGGGUAAAAUUUGAUGGUGACAGCGUUUCUUAUUAUAAUAAUGAUAAGGAAGUGUACUCUAAGGGAAUAAUCCUCCUCUCUGCUAUGUCUAUGGUCAGAGCCCAUGGGGACAACAAAUUUGAAGUUGUUACAGCACACAGGAUCUUUGUCUUCAGGGCUGAAAAGGAAGAUGAAAGGAAUGACUGGAUUAGUACGAUCCUCAGUGCUUUGCAGUUGCAACCUGAAAUCUCUCAAGUGCGAACUGCUGUUCCUCCUGAGAAAAGGGGUUAUCUGGAAUUGAAAGGAUACAAAGCCAAAAUCUUCACCUUGCUGCAAGGAAACAAUGUGUGGAUCUGCAAAAAUGAUCAGGAUUUUAAGACUGGAUAUGGCAUCACUAUAAUCCCCAUGAAUGUGGCUAAUGUGAGACAGGUAGACCGAACAGCAAAACAGUCUUUUGAAAUAAUAACACCUUAUAGAAGCUUUAGCUUUACAGCAGAAUCUGAAAAAGAAAAGCAGGAGUGGAUUGAAGCAUUGCAGCAGUCCAUUGCAGAAACUCUCUCCGACUAUGAAGUAGCUGAGAAGAUCUGGUUCAAUGAUUCUAACAGGUCCUGCGCUGAUUGUAAAGCCCCUGAUCCUGACUGGGCAUCCAUCAAUCUCUGUGUCGUCAUUUGUAAGAAGUGUGCAGGGCAACACAGAUCUUUAGGGCCCAGAGAUUCGAAAGUCCGAAGCCUCAAAAUGGAUGCCAGCAUUUGGAGUAAUGAACUCAUUGAGCUUUUUAUUGUGAUAGGGAAUAAGAGGGCAAAUAGCUUUUGGGAAGGAAAUCUUCAACCAGAUGAGGAAUUGCUAAUGGAUGCCCCAACAGACAGAAGGCUGACUUUUAUCACACAAAAAUAUAAAGAGGGAAGAUUCAGAAGAAACACUUUUCUUUACAAAACCAAAGAAGAGUUAAAUAAGGCCCUGUGUGCUGCAGUAGUUAAGCAGGAGGUACUGGAAACAAUGGUGGUGGUGUUUAGUGGAGCAGAUGUAAUGUGUGCUACUGGAGAUCCUGUAUACAGUACCCCAUACUUGUUAGCCAAGAAAUCAGGACAAAGGCUACAGAUGGAAUUCCUCCACCACAAUAAGUUUUCAGAUUUUCCUAACUACGAUGCUCAUUCAGACAUUUCCUAUCGAGAUUCUUCCUCUUUCCUUUGUGACUAUUUAUACAAGGUUUCCUUCAAUGCUACAAGGCUGUUAACUGAGAGAAAGCUAAAAGAAGAGUGUAAUAAGAGGUGGUGUGCUCUGGAAAGUGGCUUUUUGAGCUACUAUGAAAAUGAGAAAACAGCCUCCCCUAAUGGGAUGUUUGUCAUCAAUGAAGUCAUCUGCCUUGUCAUUCAUAAAGCAAACUCCUUCAUACAUAUGGGAGCUAUAUUUGCCUUUGAAAUCUACUUACUGUCAGAACGUGUGUUUCUCUUUGGUGCUGAAACGGCACAUACUCAAAGAAAAUGGACUCAGGCAAUUGCCAAGCACUUUGUACCUAUAGCGGCUAAAUGCCUCCUGGAAAGGGACUAUGAUGUGAUUGGCCAGCUGUACUACAAAGACUGCCACAAUCUUAACAACUGGAAAAAAGGCUGGUUUGCUAUAGAGAAGUCAAGCCUGUACUUUUGCCUAGAACUGGAAAACUCUCAAGAGGAUUCAAUGUGUCUACGGAGGCUCCAGGAGUUAACUAUCAGCACCAUAAUCCAAAAUGGAGAAAAAAUAGAUGUUCUGCUUCUGGUUGAGAAAGGAAGAACGUUAUACAUCCACGGCCACACAAAGUCGGAUUUCACAGUCUGGCACAGCACAAUUGAAAAAGCAGCAGGUACAGAUGGCAACGUGUUAGAAGAUCAGCAGCUCAGCAAAAAUGACGUCCCGAUUAUAGUGAACAGCUGUGUUGCAUUUGUUACGCAGUAUGGUUUGGGUAGCAAAAAUAUCUACUUGAAAGGUGGGGAUCCUUCGCAAGUGAGUGAACUGCUAGAGCGCUUCAAAAAAGAUGCAAGAAGCGUUAAACUAAGGGCUGGAACAAAUAAUCUGGAAGAUGUUACUGAUGCGCUGAAAUGUUUUCUGUCCGAAAUAGAUGACGCACUUCUUACCAAAGAACUCUAUCCAUUUUGGAUUUCUGCAUUAGAUACACUAGAUGAGAAAGAGAGAGUGAGAAAGUACAGCACUUUUAUUCGAACACUUCCACCAGUCAAUAGGGCAACUUUGGCAGCUUUAAUGGAACACCUUUACAGGGUACAAAAGUGUUCAGAAAUCAAUCACAUGGAUCCUCACAAUCUAGCAAUGGCGUUUUCAUCAUGCUUGUUUCAAACGAAAGGACAAACCAGUGAAGAAGUUGAUGUGAUUGAAGACCUGAUUACAAAUUAUGUGCCUCUCUUUGAUGUACAUGAAGAUCAAGUGAAGCAAAUGGAUAUUGAAAAUAGCUUUAUUACCAAGUGGAAAGAUACUCAAGUUUCCCAGGCAGGAGACCUGUUAAUUGAAGUGUAUGUGGAGAGAAAGGAGCCAGACUGCAGCGUUAUAAUAAGGCAGGUAUCGCCAAUAAUGGAGGCAGAAGAAUUGAUGAAUGACAUACUAGGAAUAAAAAACAUCACACCUCACAAGGAUGAUAUGUGGACUACAUUUGAAGUGAUUGAAAAUGGAGAGCUAGAACGCCCUUUGCAUUAUACUGAGAAUGUUCUAGAACAAAUUCUUCAUUGGAGUUCUUUACAUAACCCCAGCAGUGCAUGUCUUAUCAUAAAGAAGUUUCUGCCAGCAGACACAAUGAAGGUGUACAAUGAAAGGAACACAAAAGGCACCAUAAAAGCAAGCUAUCUGAAGUACAAAGAGGAGCCAUCCAAAUUACUGUCUGGAAAUAAGUUUCAAGACCGCUACUUUGUUCUGCGGGAAGAAAAUCUUCUCCUUUACAAGGAUAUGAAGAGCAGCAAGCCUGAGAAAGUGCUACCGGUCAAAUCACUGAAACUUUAUCUUGGAGUGAAGAAGAAACUGAAGCCACCAACAAAUUGGGGUCUAACAUUGUAUUCUGAAAAACAUCACUGGCAUUUAUGUUGUGAUGGACAGGAUUCCCAGCUGGAUUGGUUGAGCAGCAUUUUUAUUGCACAGCACAGUAAUAUCUGGCCACCAGAUGGGAAGACAAGAAAGCAAUCUAUUACGAAAAAUCCAAGAAUUGGUGUCUUGCCUUUAAUACCAAUCCAGCAUGAAAGAAGUAUGGCAAAAGCCAAAGUCAACACUUCAGAGGAUUCAAAACUGGAAUCUGAAAUUGAUUUAACUGAAGACAAGAAAGGUUUAAAACAAAAAGUGUCAUUGGUAGCACAGUGCUUAGAACGCAAGGAGGAAAGAACCCGAAGCCGUGCACGAAAGCACCGGAGCCUGAUCUGUUUGGAGGAUACAGGUGAUGAUGUUGUUGACUUACCCCAAACGCCCUUCAAGGAAUCCAAGUCACCCAAGAAAAAUGAGAGCAAAGUCAGUCAACCUCAUCUGGAAUCUGAUAAGCAGCUUCCUGCAAAUGUUAUUCAAGAACUCAGCACUGUUCUGCAGCGGCACAGAGCCUUCCAUGAAGAGACUUAGAAAUAAUUCUCCAGAUUUGCACAUCAGAGACUUAAUUGUUGUCCAUGUACAGUGUACAGACUUAUAAAAUGUAUUUAUAUAUGAUCUAAAAGAAAAUGGGUUCUAUCUACUAGUCUCUGGCCCUUCACCAUGUGGUUGCAGCAGUAGCUACAUCUGUAUAUUUGCCUUGACUUCGCCCCACAAUAGUGAUUGCCAGCUUCCUGUGCCUGAAGUGGGAGUGGCAAAUCCUCCCUGCCCAGAGUGCUCAGAGCCUAAACUUAAUCAGUCAUCAGCUGAAAGUGUAAGGGAGGAUGACAUGAGCAUGAAAGGAAACUUCUCAGCUCUUGAGAGGUGGCUCUGCAAAUAUUUUUUACUACUUGUAGACAAGGACAGAAGAUGCAUAGGCAAUUCUGAGAUAUGUUUUCCUCCCCUGUAUACUCCUCCCGGUGGAGCAUUACAGUGGGCUUGAAAACCGUGUUGGUGGUCCCAAAGCUGCCCAAGGGACACCAGUCUGCUAUCAUUUCUCAACACUGUACAACAAGCCUUCCCUAACAUGUUGCCCUUCAGAUGUUUUAAAUUGCAUUUCCCAUCAGCUCCACCUAAGCAAGACCAUGAAAUCAUUGACAAUUCUGUAUAGAGCUGGUAACAUAAUACUAAUCUGAAGAAUGAACAGCUUCUUAAUAUGCCACAAAAAUGAAAGCUCUUAAUGUACAUCUGCCUCUACCUAGGAGAUUUGUUUCUUCUCUGAUUCAGAACUGUGAUCCCCACCUAACUCUUAUUGCUAUGGUUAGCUCCACAGUUUGUGCAGCAACCAGGAUUGCUGCAGAUAUGCUGGUGUAUGCCAAGCAUAGUUAUGUAUGUUGUGUAAAGUGUGGAGCUUCCCCAACCCAAAGUUCAAGGAGAAGAUAAUGAUCUGCAUAGGCUGUGCACUUCUGAACACACAAGAGUGCUCUGGAUCACUGGCAUAGGUUACAAACUUGCCCAUAGGCAAGACUGAGCCCAUCAAAAUCUCUGGAGCAUUUUGACUAUGAGCCAAGCUACACAUGACUUUAAUCACAUGGGUUGCUCUGGAGUUCAUGGCUUUUCUUUCAGAAAUUGAAAGAAAGCAUAUGGAAGCUUCUCCUCCCCAUACAAAUUGGGAGGCAUGUGGGAGACAUAUCCAGAUGGGGACCAUAGUGGGGAGUGGGAAGGGCUGAUACCUAAACCCCCCAUUCACACACACCAGGGUCCUACUCAGGAUUCUCCUACCCACCACACUGGCAGUUUGUGAAAGAAAAAGUGCACAGUCAAGCAUAAACCACAUGAUUACAUGAAGUUUGGCCCUAAGAAUAAUUCAAGUCAUACAUUUAGUACCAUUUCCUCCUGUGCUAGAUUUUUAUGUGCACAGUUUUUUUAUUUUACUUUUUACAGCAUUAAAAAGUUUACCCCUCCCUCUACUGCCGUCUGAAUUGGGAUAGCUCAUUCUACCUUGUUGGGACACAACAAUAUCAUUCUCACCUCAUUCCACUGCAUGGGUAGAUCAGACCACCAUUUUGACAAAGAUACUAUAGCCACUUUACCCCAAACCUUGAAUGUACUGUAGUAUAUUGAGUUGCUGAAUUCUUAAAGAGGAUUUAUGCCUAUUAUGUAUAAUUUUAUGCUGCUAAGAAACUGCCAGAUAAAGUGAUAUUGGCCAUUGUUUUCUUUUGCAAAUCAAAGCUGGGCCAUUGUAUAUUACAGAUUUUAUAGGCAAUUGGAAGGCAGGAGAAAGAUGCAAGAGGGGUCAUCUUAAGUCUUAUUUCUAAAUUUAUCUGAUGUUCAUGCCUGCUAUGUAAAUAAGUGCAGAGAAGCAGUGCUCAAACUCUUCACUGUGGACCACUUGAACAUUUUUUGGAGUCUGCAGACAAUGUAAUAAACUUUUUGUUGUGUUUAAACCAAGUUUUAGAAACAUUAACUGGUAAAUUUUAGGUGGGAAGUAAAAGUAGUGAGCACUAACAUUGUUAUGAAAAUUAUGGGCCCCAGUCUACAAGCUUGCUUGUAAUCUAGCCCUACCUAAAACUGCCUCAUUCUGUUUCAGGGGGGGAAAGUAUAUCAAGUGCAGGACCAAGUACAGAUAUUCUUGAGUGUCCCACAACCUUUCCUCAGAACAUCUGGAUAGAGUUUGCAGACCACCGUUUGAGGAACUCUGGUAUAGAGGCUACACUGAUGCUGUGCUGCACCAAUUGUGUGGAUUGCCUCACUGUCAUCACUAUUAGAUGAGGUUGAAGGUGCAUGGGAUGAGUGGGGGCAUGACAAGGCAAGCCUAGGACUAGCCUGCUUGUGAGCAACUGUGGGUCAUUUCAGCCAUUCACAUACUUAAUAUGUGGCACUACUGCCUAUUUAUAAGGGAUUUGCAACAUAGUUUUCCUUGCAAGGCAUAGCAAAUUCAAUAUCUUGUAGCUAUGUCAGGGCAAACCUUCCCAUGUAUCAUGUAGGCUAUGCUCUUGUAUGUCCCAGGGUAUGGUCUGAAGGCACAUAAGGUCACCACCUUGCUGGAUCUAAGUAUAUCAGUCUAUUCUUUGCCUGGAUGGGGAACUGUUGGUAUCCACAUGUACACCAUCUUGGGUUCCAGUAUAGAGAAAAGGCAGAAUA